AUGAAUUAUGACAAAACGCUGUUUUCUACAUAUAGGGAAAUAUUAGAUGAUUAUCUCAAGCAAGGUAUUAUUGAGAAAGUGUCAGAUGGAAAUGUACCUAUCGGUAAACCAGUAUUUUACCUACCACACCAACCGGUAUUUAGAGAAACCAGUGCUUCAACAAAGACUAGAAGAGUGUUUGAUGGCAGCUCACAUGAGUUCGGGCAGCUAUCACUGAACGAUUGCCUAUGGACAGGGACAAAUUUAAAUCCUGAUAUGUUCCAUCUGCUAAUUAAUUUCCCAUUAAAUAAAGUUGCAAUUUCAGCGGAUGUAGAAAAAGCAUUUUUGCAGAUUGCUUUGGCAGAAAAGGAUCAAGACGCAGUGCGAUUCCUGUUUGUGGAAAACACACAAUUAAAUGAUCUAAAACUAGCGACAUAUAGAUUCAAGCGCGUAAAUUUUGGGAUUAAGUCAAGUCCGUUUUUGUUGGCUGCAACAAUUAAAGAACACAUUAGAAAAUAUCGAGAUGAGCAGCCACAUGUAUUUGAAAUAUUGAAUUCUUGUGUUUAUGUUGAUGAUUUUAUUACUGGACAGGACAGUAUAGAUGAGGCUCUAAGCUUAUCGCGUAAAGCUAAACAAAUUAUGAGUGCAGCAAAUAUGAACUUGCGUAAAUGGGUAUCCAAUGAUCCUGAGCUGAUGAGAAAAUGGAAAAAGGAAGAGUUCGAGAUCCACCCACAUAAAAUCAAUGACUCAAACGAGACACUUAAGAUCUUGGGAAUAUCUUGGGAUACUAAUGAAGACAGUCUGAGUAUAGACACAGACAGUUUGAUGGAAUUCCUUAAGAAUAAGCGUAAUACGAAACGGUUCAUCUUGAAAACUGCCGGGAAGAUUUUUGAUCCCUUUGGGUUAAUAACUCCAUUUAGUGUUAGACUUAAAUUCUUGCUACAAGAACUUUGGGUUCGAAAACUGACAUGGGAUGAUGAACUACCUACAGAUAUCUGUCAAGAGUGGGCAAAGUGGUGCUGUGAGUGUCAUCAUCUAAGUAAAAUUGCAGUUCCAAGAUUCAUUUUGAAACCCGAAGCCGAUUCCAUAGAGAUCCAUUGCUUUUCAGAUGCCAGUCAGAGGGCGUACGGUACUGUUGUCUACGUAAAACUGCGUAAGCAAGAAGAAAUUUCUGUGAGUUUUCGUUCGCAUCAAAAUGUCGUGGUUGCACCUGUGAAAAAAAUUACGUUACGUUACCUCGUCUUGAAUUACUUGGUGCAUUACUAA